AUGAAACAUAAUGGAUAUCCUGGGACACUUACAAUGGACCUCCAUAGGCUGUUGAAGGUCUUCCCGGGCAUAGCGUUAACAUGGGUCUGCUUCCUGGUGGCGGUGUGCUGCGUUAGGCUGACGGAGGCGCGUAUCGGCUACUUCUGGCACAUUACGGACUUACAUCUGGAUACGUACUACACCACCAAGGGCGACAUUUUUCGCAGUUGCUGGCUUACCGAACAUCACUCGAACACGGCCAACGCCAAACGGCCGGGACCGUACGGGGAUUACAUGUGCGACAGUCCAUGGAGCCUGCUGGAGUCCGCCACGCAAGCCAUGAAAUCCAAGCAAGGUGAUAACGUCGAGUUCGUCCUGUGGACCGGCGAUGGGCUGUCACACUCGGCCAAACGGAUGCACGACAGCAAACGGCUGGACGUGCUGCGCAACAUCACCGAGCUGAUGAGCCGCACGUUUCCGUCGCAGUUUGUGUUUCCGGUGCUCGGCCACGAGGAUGGUAGUGCGAACUUCGAACAGCUCGGUGACCUCUGGCGCCACUGGUUGCCACUCGAGGCGCUGCAAACGUUCGAGAAAGGUGGUUACUACACAAUCGAGCAGACCAAGAGUCGGCUGAGGAUCAUAGCUUUAAACACCAACUACAUGCGGCACGACCCGAAGUACUCGCAGUCGCACUCGUCGGCGGUAAAGCAGCGCCCGGACGGUUCCUACCACUAUCCGGCCGGUGGCCACUACGCUGACCACCACGGCAUCGGCAAGCACUACCACGGCCGCGACGGCAGCGCCUCCUCCGGCUACCUGUACAGCGACCGGCGGAGCGGCUACGGCAGCAGUAGCAACGUGCCCGACGGUGGCCUCGUCGGCCACGCCAGUGCAUUAUCGGGAUCAAGCAGCCACGAGUCGGAGAAGCAGUGGGAAUGGCUGGAGGAGGUUCUAGCGAAAUCGAGUAGAAAUAAGGAAACUGUAUAUAUCGUAGGACACAUACCACCAGGCUCGGACGAGCGCCACAUUGGCCACAUGAUGCCGUUCGGGCACUCCAGCUUCACCGAGAAGAACAACGCGCGCUACUUGCGGCUCGUCAAGCGCUACUCGUCGAUCAUCCAGGGACAGUUCUUCGGCCAUCUGCAUUCAGACUCCUUCCGGGUAGUGUACAAUGAAGUGGGAAAACCCGUCUCCUGGAUGAUGAUUGCACCCUCGAUAAGUCCCCGGAGAAGCGGCGAGUCCAACAAUCCCGCCAUGCGACUGUACAAAUUCGACACCGAUACAGGGCAGGUCUUAGACUACACGCAGUACUACCUAGACUUAGAGCAGGCCAACAAGCUGGAGGAAGCCGUGUGGCAGCCCGAGUACAACCUCACCACCUACUACUACGGGCUGAGCGACGUGUCGUCCGUCGCCCUGCACAACCUGGCCGAUCGGUUCAACAACGCGGACGACGCGCAGUUUAUGAAGUACUACCGGGCCAACUCGGUGCGCCACGCAACCGGCACCUGCGAGGGGGUCUGCCUGCUCAACCACUACUGUGCCAUAACGCGGUUGGACUACCGUGACUUCCAAAUCUGUCUGGAGACGGCGGCCAAAGCGCUGGCAUCGAAAAACGGUGCCCCGACGGGGUUGCCGCGCCCAACGACCGGCCGGCUGCUUCUGGCCGCGGGGCCGGCCUUGCUGAUCCUGCUGCUGACCUGCUGCGCUGGGGGCCUGCCGGUGGACAGGACCCCGCACAGUACCCUGCUGGUGGACACGCUCAUCAACUUCAUUUCCUGCGCUUCGUCCAUUGCUUCUGCUGCCGUGCUGGCGGCACUGGCAGCCACGUCGAAGGCGGUGGCCGUACCACUCGGGAGUGCCCUCAUCUGUCUGCUUGCGCUACGCCCCGGAACCAGCGAAGGCGUAGGCCAUUCGCAGGACCACGGUGCGGCCAUCGGAAGCUCUAUUGCGCUGCCGCUGAGCGCUGCGAGCGAUGGUUAA